AUCUUCUUCUCUCCACUUCCCUUCUCUGCAUCCCAUAACGUUCAUUAGCCUCCAUCCUCUAUUCCCUCCAUAUCCUCUCUCUCUCUCUCCCCCCCCCCUUCCCCACCCAUAUGCCCCCUUAUCUCCUUCCCCUCCAAAUCCCUCUUCCUCCUCCAAUCCUAUAAUCCCCAACCUCUCCCAUGGCCUCUCCCACUCCCCCCCCUCACUACUCCCUCACCUCUUCCAAAUCCCUGCAAAGCCCCCAACCCACUCCCCAAAACCCCCUUCAAAACCCCCCCAAACCCACCUAUAGACUCCACUCCUCCUCUUCCACCACCGCCGCCGCCGCCGCCGCCGCCGCCGCUACUAACACCGCGCCCACUCCUACCAUAACCACCACCACCACCACCACCUCCCCCGGCGGUGCCACCAAUGCCUCCACUCCUUCCCCCUCCCCUCAAAACCCAAUCUUACAGCGAAACCCAGCCUUCUUGCCCUACUGCCCCCGCCCCAGAGCAGGGCUGAGCCCCGAAUUCCGGCGGACUCGCACCACCCGUGUCAUCUCCAAGAGGAACCUCUCGUCCUCGAGGCCCUCCCCCGACAACGCCCGCACCGCCUCACCCGCCGCCGCCCAUUGCCUCUCCCAAAUCCUGCGGUCGCCCCCCAAUGACCGGGCCCUCGCCAAUAUCCUCUCCAGCUUCCGGUCCUCCCUCGCCAUCCCCGAAGACUAUUGCUUCAUUCUCCAUGAGCUCGGCGACCGCGACAAGUGCCCGCCGAAGGCCCUGCGGUUCUUCCACUCCGCCAUGCCUCUCAUGCGAAGCCGGAUCGAGCAGGGGAAGUUGCUGACGGCCGCCAUUUGUGGGCUCGGCAAGAUGGGCCGCCCCGAGCUCGCAAGACAGGUUUUUGAUGCCGGCGUCGCCCGUGGUUAUGGUAAUACCGUCUUCGCCUACUCCUCUCUUAUCUCCGCUUAUGCCAGGAGUGGGCUUGCUGCUGAGGCCACGGGUGUUUUCGAGUCGAUGAAGGCGACCGGCCUGAGGCCCACCACCAUAUCAUACAAUGCCGUAAUUGAUGCCUGUGGGAAGGGCGGCGUUGACCUCCAGUUCACGCUUGGGUUCUUCCGGGAGAUGCUCCACGAUGGGCUCUGUCCUGAUAGGAAGACAUUCAACUCUCUUCUAGCUGCCUGUAGUCGUGCUGGGCACUUGGAAGAUGCACGUAUGAUGUUUGAUGAAAUGAUCCGUCUGGGUAUUGGUCGCGAUAUCUACACCUACAACACCUUCAUUGAUGCCAUCUGCAAGUGUGGGAAUGUGGAGCUUGCAGUGCAGGUCAUGUUGGAUAUGCCUACGAACAAUGUGUGCCCGAAUGUCGUUACGUAUAGUACGUUGAUGGAUGGAUACUCUAAAUUGGAGCAAUUUGAUGAGGCUCUGAAGAUCUAUGAAAAGAUGAAAUCUUUGAAGAUUCGGUUGGAUCGGGUGUGUUACAAUACACUACUCUCAAUCUAUGUGAAGACCGGGAGGUAUGGGGAGAUUGCGAGAGUGUGUGAAGAGAUGGAUGUUAUGGGAGUUGACAAGGAUACAGUUACUUACAAUUCUUUGAUCAAUGGGUAUGGGAAGCAAGGCAGGUUAGACAUUGUUGCUUACUUGAUUCAGGAUAUGAGGGAGCGGGGAGUCGCCCCGAGUGUGCUAACAUACUCGACUUUGAUAGAUAUUUACUCAAAGGCGGGCAUGUAUGGAGAUGCUGCAAAUGUCUUCUUGGAGUUCAAGGGGUCAGGGUUGAAGGCAGAUGUGGUUUUAUACAGCUCUUUUAUUGACACAUUGGCUAAAAAUGGGUUGGUAGAGUGUGCUGUGUCGUUGCUUGACGAGAUGACAAGGGCAGGGAUCGAGCCUAAUGUGGUCACUUUCAAUACUAUAAUUGAUGCUUUUGGUAAGUCUAGGAUCAUUGUUGAGGAGGAUGGUGUUGCGAGUAACAUGGUGGGUGUUGAGGGAGGUGGUGGCCAGAUUGUCAGGGCUUUCAGUCAGCUAGCAAGGGGAAUUGGGCGGCCUGUGGCAGAAGAGGUCAGGAGGAGGUCUGAAGAACUGUUUUGCAUCUUAGGAUUGUUUCAGAAGAUGAUACAGCAGGGCGUGAGGCCCAAUGUCGUGACUUUCUCGGCUAUUUUGAAUUCUUGCAGUCGUUGCAAUUCAUUUGAAGAUGCAUCAUUGUUAUUGGAGCAGCUUCGGUUGUUUGAUAACUUUGUCUAUGGGGUUGCACAUGGGCUUUUAAUGGGCUGCAGAGAGGUUUGGGUGCAAGCUCAGUCACUUUUCGAAGACUUGAGGCAAAUGGAUCUGCCAACAUCAUCUGCCUUUUACAAUGCUCUAACUGAUAUGCUAUGGCAUUUUGGUCAGAAACGAGGAGCUCAGCAGGUUGUGCUUGAGGGGGUACAGCGGCAUGUUUGGGAGAAUGCGUGGAGUGAAUUCAGUUUGGAUCUGCACCUGAUGUCUUGUGGUGCUGCUCAAGCCAUGGUUUAUGCAUGGCUUCUCAGUGUACGCUCAAUUGUUUUUGCAGGGCGUAAACCACCCGAGUUUGUUAGCAUCUUGACAGGCUGGGGCAAACACAGCAAGAUAGCUGGUGCUAGCACCCUCCGUCAUGUCAUCGGGGCGCUGCUUGACUCAAUUGGAGCCCCAUUCAAUUUGGAAAGGUUCAACAUUGGUCGGUUUGUAUCACCAGGUGCAAUGGUGGCUGCCUGGUUGAGGGAACCAGGGACAAUAAGCAUCCUUCUCCUUUGUGAUGAGCGAGUGCAACAUUCUAGUUCAUCAACUCUGCUUCCAAGAUUGCAGGCAUUGCAAUUGUAGUUUCAGAGCAUAUCCAGGUUGCUUCAUCAGCCAGUUGUAUCUGUUUAGUAAUAUUAAUGUUUAUUGUGAGAAUAAAACAGCGAUUUGUUCUUAUUUUGUAAAAUUGUAUCAUAUUUUUGUCCUGAAAUCGCUAGCACCUGCAUUGUACUUAAAAGUCCUGCCUUUUUUUUUGGUUA